CACACAAAAGUUAUCAAAAGAGAAGAGAAAAUGGCAGGAAUAGUAGAAGGAAUGGAAAAGAAUGCAACCAUGACUGAGGCGCCACUGGCUCCCGUUACGAUUCAGAGGAAGGUCCGCACCGACUUGGACGAUACUCCUCUACCCAAGCCUUACAUGGCGAGAGCUCUGGCUGCGCCAGACACAGAGCACCCGAAUGGGACACCAGGUCAUCAUCAUCACAACAUGAGUGUUCUCCAACAGCAUUGUGCUUUCUUUGAUCAGGAUGACAAUGGAAUUGUUUACCCCUGGGAGACUUACUCAGGAUUCAGACAGCUUGGAUUCAACAUGAUUGUGUCGCUACUCGCUGCUGUCUUCAUCAAUGUCGGGCUGAGCUAUCCGACUCUGCCUGGGUGGUUUCCGAAUCCUUUGUUUCCGAUACACAUUUAUAACAUUCAUAAAUCCAAGCACGGGAGUGAUUCAGGGACUUAUGACACCGAGGGAAGGUACAUGCCAGUGAACCUUGAGAAUAUCUUCAGUAAAUAUGCUCGUACAGUGCCCAAUAAGCUGUCACUUGGAGAGCUAUGGGACAUGACCGAGGGGAACCGUAUCGCGUUUGAUCCUUUUGGGUGGGUCUCGAGCAAAUUGGAAUGGGGGAUUCUGUAUGUACUGGCUCGGGACGAGGAAGGAUUCUUGUCAAAAGAAGCAAUCAGGCGCUGCUUUGAUGGAAGCUUAUUCGAGUAUUGUGCUAAGAUAAACAUGGGAUUGCAGGGGAAGACUUAUUAAUAUGGUAGGCGAGUUUGCCAUAAUCUAUGGUCUUUGAUUCGAGUCCUGAAUAAGAAUGUUGCUGAAUAAUGUUAGUUCAGCUGUACAGACAUAAGACACUUGAGAUGUGUUUAUGGAUAUUAUGUUAUGCUUGCUUUAGUUGUUCCCCGUAAUCUAAUCCUUGGCUCUUCUAAUGUGUUUGAAAAGUUAAGUGCAGUACUGAAAAGAGUUCGACUCAAGUA